AUGGCAGAGCCGACCAACACCCCGGUCCCCGCAUCGACCCCUCGCUCCAGCUCACCUGUCGGCGGCGGCAGCGGCGGCGGGCAUCACCCUAAUGCGCCCAUCAUCCCCAUCACGUCCCUUCCCCAUUCCCCUCUCGCAGCAGCCUUUGCUCCUUCCAGGCGUCGAGUACUUCACAUUGGAGAUCCAGUGAAGUAUAACCUCGGCACGUACGCCCAGUUCAGCGCACAAUGUGAGAUUAUACGUCCCGAGGCGCACGAGCGCGAGCGGACCGCAUUCCUUCAAGCUCUCAGGGAGAAACGAUGGGGCGAUUUUCAUGCCAUCUUCCGUCCAUUCUGGGGAACGGGAGGUGAGAUGGGCCGAUGGGAUGCCGAACUAAUCAACGCGCUGCCCUCCACUGUUAAGGUCUUUGCCAGUGCUGGCGCGGGGUUUGACUGGGCUGACACCAAGCUCCUGGGCGAGCGAGGCAUCGUAUACUGCAACUCUGGGCUGGCAGCAGCUGAAGCCGUAGCUGACUUUGCCAUUGCCAUGAUCAUAUCGACGUUUCGGUUGUUGCCGUGGUGUAUCUCCGCCGCCUCAUCCGGCGACACUGUCGAAUUCCAGGAUUGUCACGAAAACGCAACGAUAAAGUCACACAAUCUCCGCGGGCACAAAGUCGGUCUGAUCGGACUGGGGCGCAUUGGGCAGCAAAUCGCCAAACGAUGCAGAUUCGGCUUCGGGAUGGACAUUUGGUAUUACGACGUGGCCGAGAUGCCAAAGAGUGUGACGGAGUCUCUCGAGGCCAAGACGUGCGCAUCGCUGGAGGAGCUGGUCGGCAGUGUCGACGUCGCCAUUCUCUGUGCACCUGCAAUCCCUGGAGCAACCAGCGCUCUCAUUACCGCGCGGGAACUCGGGUGCUUUCGUGACGGUGCGCGCUUCGUCAACGUGGCACGGGGCUCGCUGGUCGACGAAGAGGCCGUGGCCAAUGCUCUGGACAGUGGGAAGCUGAGUUCAGUGGCGCUGGACGUUCACCCUCGCGAGCCCAGUAUCAGUGACAGGCUGAGAGAGCAUGCGAAGACGGGCAGGGCGAUGCUGACAUGCCACAAUGCUGGAGGGACGGUGGAGACACAUAUCGGGUUCGAGGAGCUCAGUAUGCGCAACGUCAUGGCUGUUCUGGGCGGGCAGAUGGCCAUCACUCCUGUGAAUAUGCAAUAUUUGCGGUGA